AUGGUUGAUCAUUUUAAAGAGAUUAAGGGAAGGGCUAACAACCUCAGUGUAGAAGUGAAGAAGGGUCAAUGGCAGACUUUCUGUUCCAGCGAGUGGCCGGCUCUCAAUGCCGGGUGGCCGCCGGAGGGGACUUUCGACCUCCCCACCAUUCGCCGGGUCAGAGAAGUCGUAUCUCGGCCCAAGGGGGGUCACCCCGAUCAGCUUCCUUACAUUAUUAUUUGGCAGGACCUCGUGGAGAACCCUCCCUCCUGGCUCAAGCCCUUCCUGGCUCCACGCCCUCCGGAGCCGGCACCCAUACUUGCCUUGCAGGACGUGGAGAAGAAGAAGGAGGAGAAAAAAACCACUCUGCCAUUGGCUCCAGCUCCCCUCUACCCGGUUUUGCAGGGGGGUAAUGACGAAGAGUUAAUUUUUCCUCCCCCGUAUCAGCUUCUCAGGACACCUGAGAGAUUAGAUCCCGCCCCGUUGCGGGAAGCUGAUGCGGUUCCGCUUCCGGGUGUGGCCGGGAGCGCAGUUCCGGUCCCGGGGGCGGGAGUUCUGGGAAUGGCCGGGGUUCCGAUGGGAGGUCCGCCCCUCACCCGGCUGAGAGCACAGCGGGAGCUGUCCGUCGCCUCACCCGAUUCCACUAUCAAGAUCCUGCCCUUAUGGGCCGCCGGACCCCCAGAUGCAGAUGGCAAUCAACCUUAUAUUUAUUGGCCUUUUUCAACUAGCAAUCUUUAUAACUGGAAGGCGCAGAAUCCUAAGUUCUCAGAGAAGCCGGGUGGACUUAUUGACUUGCUUGAUUCUGUUCUUUUCACCCACCAGCCCACUUGGGACAAUUGCCAGCAGCUUUUGCAGGUCCUGUUCACAACGGAGGAGAGAGAGAGAAUCCUCAAUGAGGCCCGGAAGGUGGUUCCCAGCGUAGAUGGGAAUCCAACUACCAACCAGGCCCAGAUAGAUGUCUCGUUCCCCUUAACUAGGCCUGAAUGGGACUUCAACACGGCAGAAGGUAAGGAGAGGCUCAAAAUCUACCACCAGGCUCUGAUGGGGGGUCUUCGCAUGGCUGCUAGGAAGCCUACCAAUUUGACCAAGGUAGGGAACGUACAGCAGGAAAGGGAUGAGUCUCCAGCUGCCUUUCUAGAACGGAUCAUGGAGGCAUAUCGCACCUAUACCCCCAUGGAUCCAGAAGCUCCUGAAAAUAAGGCAGCUGUGGUCAUGAGCUUUAUAAACCAGUCAGCCACAGACAUUAGAAAGAAACUGCAGAGAAUAGAUAGAUUAGGGGGAAAGAGUUUUUGGGACUUGUUGGAAGUGGCUGAAAAGGUGUAUAACAAUCGAGAAUCCCCUGAGGAUAGGCAAGCCCGCGCCAUGAUGGCUGCCAGCGAUAAGCAGACCCGAAACCUGGCCAAGAUUCUGCUAGCCACCACCACGGAGAACCCUGAGGAGCGGACCUGCCACCUUCGCCAGCUUGCUGAUGGCCAAGAAGAAGGUAAGGGGACCGCCUGGGGCGGGAAGAAGAAGCUGCAACGGAACCAGUGUGCUCACUGCAAAGAGAUAGGACACUGGGUCUGGGAAUGCCCAAAGAAGGCUGGUAAAAAAGGAAACAAGGCGGAUCGGGUGGAGGUCUUGGAGCUGGGAGGACUAAGUGAUUAGGGGAGUCGGGGUUCGGACCCCCUCCCCGAGCCCAGGGUAACUCUUAGAGUGGAGGGGACGCCUGUUGACUUCCUUGUCGACACUGGAGCACAACACUCGGUCCUACGCACACCUCAAGGGAAGCUAGCCAGCAAAAAGUCCUGGGUGCAAGGGGCAACUGGCAUAAGCCAGUAUUCAUGGACUACCCGAAGAACAGUAGAUCUAGGAACAGGCCGGGUAUCCCAUUCCUUCAUGGUAAUACCGGAGUGCCCCUACCCCCUAUUAGGACGGGACUUGCUGACCAAGAUCGGAGCCCAAAUAACUUUCAGACAAGGGGGGCCCCAGGUCACUGAUGGCAAAGGCCAUCCCAUCCAGGUUCUGACUCUGAGACUGGAGGAUGAAUAUCGCCUCCACCAGGGGGCGCCCCCAGGAGAGAACAAUAUAGACAGAUGGCUACAAGAAUUCCCCACUGCCUGGGCAGAGACGGGGGGAGUAGGACUGGCCGCUCACAGGGCCCCAACCCUGGUAGAGUUAAAACCAGGAGAAAGUCCGAUAAGACUCAAACAGUAUCCAGUGCCCCAGGAGGCCCGGAAGGGGAUUCAGCCUCAUAUCCGAAGACUGCGAAGCCUAGGGAUACUGGUUCCAUGCCAAUCUGCCUGGAACACCCCCCUCCUGCCAGUCAAAAAGCCCCACACGAAUGACUACCGACCAGUCCAGGACCUCCGAGAAGUAAAUAAAAGAGUUAUGGAUAUACACCCAACCGUUCCUAACCCGUACACUCUCCUAAGCUCUUUAGCACCCUCUAGAGUCUGGUACACUGUAUUGGAUUUGAAGGAUGCUUUUUUCAGCCUGCCGCUUGCGCCUCAAAGCCAACCCCUGUUCGCCUUCGAAUGGCACGAUCCAGAGGAAGGCUACAGUGGACAAUUAACCUGGACGCGGUUACCCCAAGGGUUCAAGAAUUCGCCCACCAUCUUUGACGAGGCACUGCACGAGGACCUCGGUGAGUACAGGAGAGAACAUCCCAAUCUCACCCUCCUUCAGUAUGUAGAUGACAUCCUGGUUGCUGCAGACACUGCCGAGGACUGUGAGCAGGGGACCAAAGACUUGUUGGCUACCCUAGGGACCUUAGGGUACCGGGCAUUUGCGAAGAAAGCUCAGAUAUGCCAAGAGAGGGUGAGUUAUCUGGGGUACAUACUGGAGGGCAGACAGCAGCGGUUGUCGGACACUAGGAAAGAGACAGUCCUGAAAAUCCCUAUUCCCACCACCUGGAGGGAAGUAAGGGAAUUCCUAGGAUCAGCUGGCUAUUGCCGCCUCUGGAUCCCAAGUUUUGCUGAGAUUGCCAGGCCCCUAUAUGAAGCUACCAAGGAGGGAAAGGCCUUUGAAUGGACUGAGACAGAGGAAAUUGCCUUUAAUCAGAUAAAGAGAGCUCUUUUGGCUGCUCCAGCCCUAGGCCUGCCGGACAUUACAAAACCCUUUAGCCUCUUUGUAGACGAGUGCAAGGGCAUAACAAAAGGGGUCUUAACUCAGGCUUUAGGCCCUUGGAGCCUCCCGGUAGCGUAUUUGUCUAAAAAGCUGGACCCUGUGGCCGCCGGCUGGCCGCCGUGCCUAAGAAUCAUUGCGGCAACCGUGCUCUUAGUCAAGGAUGCCGACAAAUUGACCCUGGGACAGGAAAUCUGGAUAACAACCCCUCAUGCCAUUGAGGGAGUCCUAAAACAGCUUCCUGACUGA